AUGUCUAUUCGUUUUUGUCGUGCCGUACCGGUGUUUCGACUGCAGGAGUUGUCCAUCGUCUUUGCGGGCGCACAGCUUAGCCAACGGCGGUUGCUUGUGUCGUCAUCGUCCCCAGACGGCGACGGCUACGUGCGCGAAGGGGCGAUGCAUCAGCCCGGGGAGUCUGGGCAACAGGCGGGCUCCAGCACUACGAUUGCUGGGAAGGAGACAUGGUCGCAGUUUAGCGCGAAGAUGCGUUACGGACGUCGCCGCAUUCGCGUCAUUGACGUGGCGGCCAAAAUGUCCUACGAGUAUCAGAUGCUGCGAAAGAUGUGCAAGCGCCGGCCAUCGAUGCGGCAGUGGACCGUGCGGGACGACUUCUGCGACAUGAAUCCUGGCAUCGUCGUGAUGUCACCAUCGAUGCAGGCUGCCUUCAUGAAAGUCUUUCGGCUGAAGGAUAAGGGCCUUAUCCGGCAGUGCCUGCGCGACAUUAUUCCUGUCAUUGAGUACCGAAAUCGCGAGGAGCCGGUGCGGUUGCCGGUAAAUCCAGCAGAUAUGAUCCCCGAAGGCGAGGCGGAUACGCUCAAUCAGAAAAAGCGGGAAAUAUUUGAGCGUCGUGAAAAGGGGGAUAACUUUGCCGAACUUCGGUUGCAUGACAAGCGUUCACAAGCCAAACUUCGGUUUAAGAUACGGCAACGCCUGCUAAAAUUUCAACGGCAGUUGGCGGUGGCCAAUGCUGUGGCGAGUCGCUCUGUUCUCUACUCGGCGGACGACGCCAUUGGGUACUUCCUCUUUCGGGGAGCGGCGAUGUACGCUGGGAUGCAUCGCGUGUUCUUUGAGCUUAGCAAGCAGCUUCCGCAUUUUGUUCCCAAGACGAUGUUGGACUUUGGUGCCGGCACCGGCACUUCUACGCUUGUUGCUAAGGAAGUUUACGACCCCGGCGCACUUGCCUACCCGCUCUACCGCUCGCUGCGGCAGACGAUGCAGGGAAACGACUCCUCCAGUACGCACCAGCUGGCCGAGCUACGCUACGACUUACAGAGACUCCAGCGCAACAAUGCUGAGAAGAAGAAGGUACGCUUCAUGGCUGUGGCAGCGCUGCUGGAGAGGGGUGAAGUUGACCCAGCCGACUUACCAGACGACCUGCGACGUGAAAUUGGUGAGGUUGCAGCAGUGGCGGCGGCAGCAAAAAAAGAGCGUCUCACGCGGGAGGCCCACGCACGUCACCGCGACGUUGUGGAUGGUACCGAAUGGGAAAGUGGUGACCCGCUCAACGUGGACCGUGUGACCCGCGAGGACCCGAAUGACUUUAUGGACGGCGAAGAACACGACGAGCUGCAUGAUGGCGGUACGACACAAAAAAAAAGACGUGGUGGGAGCAAUUUGUUGACCUUGAAAAUGAGACAGCACAACAGCGGGCUGCCAAACGUCUUCGACCACUGCAGGAAGUCACCGCGGUUGAGCCAAGCCCCGGCAUGA